CUGCGGUUUUUUAGGCGAGACAUUAAUCCUAAGCAUCCAGAGAAUACUAAAGGCGUUUCUACUUAUAAAUAUAUCAAAAGUGGUCUCAAAUAUGAAGACAAACCUUGGAAAAGGCCAGGUGCUGAUAUAACUGACUACUUUAAUUAUGGCUUUACUGAGGACACCUGGAAUGAAUACGUUGAGAAUCAAAGGAUUCUUCGUGAAGAGUAUGCGAAUUCCGCCAUCAAACCAGUUGUGAUUGGAGCUGCAGUGGGCCUUAAUUUAUCAGGUGGCAACUCUCGUGGACCCAGAGUUAACGGUGCUCUUAGCCGGCAUGUCAAAGAUAUUACAAGUAUUAAUCGUGGCCGUUCGCAGUCUAUGAAUGCGGAUGAUGCCGAGAAGAGUAGAAAUCGUCAUCUUGGUUCGACACAAGCACAACCACUUAAUUUACCUCCUGCUACUGCGUUUCCUCCCCCCACUGUUUUAUCUAAAUUCAUGAAUGUUUCCAGUUUUCCUUCAUCUGGUUUCAAGAACACACGCCUUCCUCCACAUUUACUUGGUUCUACUUUCCACCCGAAACGACUUCCUGAUUUCCCCAGUCUAGGCAAUGGUCAGACGCCUCUUCUCAUUCCAAGAGGCCUUUGUGGUAAACCAGGAGCAAGAAAUCCAUCUCAUACUUCUCCCAAUACCAUGUUUCCAGAGGAGGAUUUCGGGAGUCGUCGCUCUCGUUAUCGUGAUGCCGAAUCAGAUAGUCGGUACGAUCGUGACCGUCGCUCGAGUCGCCGAGUUCGCUCUCACAGCAGGGAUUAUCAUCGUGGUUGUCAUAGGAGACGAUAUGAAGUAGAAUCUGGUCGAGAAUACGGUGGCCGCAGUGGUCGUUGUUCUCGACGACAUGGAUCAAGAGAAAGGCGUCGCGAGUGUUCUCGUGAUCGUAGUUCGAACUUAGCCAUUCCUCCCAGGCAGUCUUCGAAUGCCUCAGAAUCCUCAUUAUGUUCAAGACGAAAGACAGCAACUAGGGAUUCAAAAGGACGUGGAGGAGGAGGUGGAAAGAAGUCCUAUCGAAGCAGUCAUCGCAGUAGUCGUCAUCGUCGAUCACCAGCACCACGGAGGAAUCGAUCACCUUCUACAUCUCAAAGAUCUGAUCUUCCUGAAGUUGGAAUUCAUUCAUCUUCGACGACACCUGUUAAUCCCCUGGAACCGGAUUCGACUGCCUCUGCUGAUAUUAGUGUGAAAUAA